GUUUAACUGAAUGUCAUCAUAGAUGGCAGUGGUCAAUGGUCAAGAAAGAAAAGGUCAAAAGAGGCAAAGAAAGUCUUGCUAGCAACAAAGAAGAGAAACAAGUGAGCCUUGAUCGCAACCUCGAUCAUCUAGCUAGAUCCGCCGAUAAUAUACUUCCUCCACCGCAUUGGCCAGAAGGAGUAGUGUAUCUAGGAUGGCAUAGUCAACCUUCAACAAAACUACCCAGUAUACAGCAUUUGACGUUCUGUGUCGCUCCCAGACUCGCAUAUGAAGCCCAUCCAUCUCAAAUACGAGCAAGACAAUGGACAGAAGUACGUACGAUUACAGCUUCUACCGCAUUUAUUCCAGCUUUUGGAUCUAGCCUAACAACACAUCCUGCUGUAGGUCAAUGUGGGUUGUUUGCUCGAAAGACGAUCCCUCCUAGAACCUUGGUUGUGCCUUCCUAUGGCUUGGUGCACUUAGCAGGCGAUGAAGAAGGUGAUGAAGAUGCUGAAAGUCGAUAUGAUGCAGCGAUUGAAGCAGAUGAUGGGACAAAGUUAGGCAUAGAUGCUACUCGUAUGGGCACAGAAGCACGAUUCGUCAAUGAUUAUCGAGGGAUCUUACAACGGCCAAAUCUAUUCUUUCAAGAAUGGUCAGCUCCAUUUCCCAAAGAUGUCCUUUGCGCCAAACCAACACUCAAGCCACCAAGUCAAAUCCGUGGAUUGGCAAUGUAUUCGGGAGCACAUCCGAUCAGUGCAGGUACAGAAUUAUGUGUAAGUUAUGGUAAAGGAUGGUGGGCAGCUCGAGAAAGAGAUUAGAUAAGAUGUAAAUACCCACCGGCUACUUUUUAACAAAUGUCCAAACCCGCGGUCUUUUUUUCAUGUCACACGAACGUGGUUAGCGUAGUGUAUACAAAUACAUUACAUUACACACACGAGCACUGUAGCAGCAUCUGCUCUUCUUGGGAUCAUCUUUAGCGUCUUGGUAUUGAAUGCAUCUUUUGAUCUUGGCUUACUUGGUUUUCGGUUCCUUUUCUUUUGUUGUUUCUCGGCACUGCACAUCCGUAUUUCAAGCGGAGAAGGAUGUUCGAUCCUUUUACCUCUGAGGGUCAGCUCGUGCGAGUGAACUACAAUGCUAUGAAUAUAGACCCUUUAAGUCAAUCUGACAGACUUGAACAACUUCCCUUGAAAAUCUCUUCCUCAACACCAUCAUCACUAUUCUUUGGUAAAUCGAAAAGCUCACCGAUUCUUCAUGAGGAGAUCAAAGUGUAUGCACAACAUGACUGGCACGUCUAUUUCAUCAA